AUGAGCAUGAUGGACAAGGUUAAGGAGUUGGCGAACACUGCCGCCGACAGUAUCAAAGGCGCCUAUGAGAGCACGAAGGAGGUGGUCAGCGACAGCUUCGAUGGUGCCAAGCAGCACACGAGCGAUGCCGCGAAUGCCACCAAGAAAGCCGCUGAGGAUACCUGUGAGGGUACGAAGAAUUUGGCGGGAAAAGCCGGUGAGAAAAUUUCGGAGACCUAUGAAGGUGCUAAGGAUUCCAUGGGUGAAGCGUAUGAUGCCACCAAGCAAAAGGCUGCACAUGCCUGGGAUGGCACGAAGAAGGAGGUCGGCGAGAAAACCGAAGGACUCAAGGAAGCUUCUUCCAAUGCUUGCCAUCACACGAAGAAGGCUGCUGAGCACGCCUCGGACAAGACCAAGAAGGCGGCGGAGAGUAUCGCCGACAGCGCCAAGGAGUUCGGCAGCGAUGUGAAGAAGGCGGCCGGAAGCGCGGCGGAUCACAUCAAGGAUGACGUCGGCUACGCCUACAACAAGGUCAAGGGAUCUGCUGAAGAAGCCGCCGAUCGCCAUUAA